GCUCACACAGCCGCAGCGUGACAGCUGCAGAACGCGAAGGCCUGAAACCUCCUGCUCGCCGUAGCCAGAGAGAUGACGUGUGUGUGUGACCCGGGGACUGACGGUUGGUUCUAUAUCGGAGUGGGAGAAGGGACCUUGUGACGUACCUAGGGGAGGAGACACGUCACCAGGGGGAGGAGCUACGGCCUAACAGGGUACCCAAAAAGUACGCUCGCCACGCUUCGGGCUCGGUGGCUCGCUCCGCUCGCCACCUAAUUACUAAAGGUAAUAGUUGGUGGCGGGGAUAGUAGAGCAACUGUCCCGCUGGCCUAGCUCCUCCCCCUUGUAUCGUGGCUCCUCCCCCUGACGAAAAAGGUCCCUUAGGCCACUUGGAUCUAGCCUCAACCGGGGACUGACAGUUCAGCAGCUCCACAGACAUGUCUGCCGACUGGGAAGAGAUACGGCGGCUGGCGGCCGACUUUCAGCGGGCCCAGCUCAGUGACACCGUGCAGAGGUUAUCUGAGCGCAACUGCAUUGAGAUUGUUGCUAAGCUCAUUGCUGAGAAGCAGCUGGAUGUAGUGCACACUCUUGAUGGAAAAGAAUAUAUCACACCAUCCCAAAUAUCUAAAGAGAUCAGAGAUGAGCUUCAGGUUAGAGGUGGGAGAGUGAACGUAGUUGAACUACAACAGGUUGUCAAUGUUGAUCUGACUCAUAUUGAAAGCAGAGCCAAUGAUCUCAUCAGAUUAGAUAAAAGUGUCCAGCUGGUGCUUGGACAGCUUGUGGACAACAACUAUCUGGACCAGAUAGCAGAGGAGGUUAAUGAUAAAUUGCAGGAAGCUGGCCAAGUGACUAUAUCAGAACUGUGCAAGACUUACGACCUUCCGGGAGACUUCCUGACAGAGUCGCUGACCCUGAGACUUGGAAAUAUUAUUCAAGGGAAGAUUGAUCAAAACAACAGGGGUGUGAUAUAUACUGAGACAUUUGUGGCUCGUCACAAAGCGCGAAUUCGUGGUCUUUUCACGGCAAUCACAAGGCCAACACCAGUAAUUAAUCUGAUUUCUCAACAUGGUUUUCCAGAGCAUCUUCUAUACUCUCUGUUGGAGGAGCUUGUUAACUGUGGACGUUUAAAGGGCACAGUGGUCGGCGGGAGACAGGAUAAGGCUGUGUUUAUUCCUGACAUUUAUGCCAGGACACAAAGCAAUUGGAUAGACGCCUUUUUCAAGCAAAACGGUUACCUAGAGUUUGAUUCAUUAUCUAGGCUAGGGAUUCCAGACCCUGUUGGUUAUAUCCGGAAAAGAUACAAGUCUACCCAGCUGGUUUAUUUGAAGUCAAUAUGUGUUGGUCAGAGUAUUAUGGAUCAAGUGGAAGCUUCGGCUGAAGAAGCAAUAAGCUCAGGAUCCUGGCUGGACAUUGUGCCUUUGUUACCAAGUUGUUUUUCUAUGGAAGAUGCUUCAUUCUUACUCCAGCAAGUGAUGAGAACAUUGAACAAAACAUCAUCUGCUCGAAUCUUUGGAGACACUAUUGUUGUCAGUGAGAAGUUUAUAAGUGAAUGUAUUGGCAAAUUUAACGAUCUCAUGCAGCACAAAGCUGAAAGGGAAAUGAAGAAAAGCCCGGUCUUUCUGGUAACGGAAGAGGACCUCAAGCAAGCAGCGGUACUGGAAACUGCAACCAUUGGCAAAAAAGACAAGAAGGAGGAGAGGCGGAAGAAAGCUGCAGAGGGCAGUGGAAGCAUUAGAGGAGGUGGUUGUGGAAAUGCCAGAGAGAUGAAAAUAAAAAAAACAAAGAAGAAAUCAAGAAAGGAUGAAGACAGCGACGACGAGUUACAAACUGCAAGCGCAAAUAAGCUAAAGGAACGAGAGAUCCCAUUUAUGUCCCUGGAAGAAAUUCAAGAUGUUUUAAGAAAACAUGUUCCAGAUUCUCCGGAUGAGCUGAUCGUUGAGCUGUCUGAAAAUUUAAUAAGACCUCUUACAAAAAGUUACCAAGAGGUGGUGCGUUCGGUUUUCAUGUCCUCAACUUCGUCUUCAUCAGGGGCCACCAGAAGACAAACUAUGAAAGACUUCCAAGAGGAACUCUCCACUCUUUAUAACAAUAUUCGUUUGUUUGAAAAGGGAAUCAAACUUUUCACAGAUGAAACACAAAGCAACCUUGCCAAGCACCUGCUGAAGACAGUAUGCACAGAUAUUACAAACCUCAUCUUCAAUUUCUUGGCUGGUGAUAUAAUGAUGGCUGUGGAAGAUUAUACUACUAUUACUAGUGAGGUUAGAAAAAAAAUGUUAAGUAAAUUCCAGGAGGAAGCCAAAGGCCCUUUAACAAAGCUGAACAGUUUGUUGUCUGGAAAGAGUAUAGAAGAAUUUCUGUCUGGCCUGGAUUCAGCAGCAGAUGCAUGUGGUCUUUUAGUGAAGAAAGGAGAUAAGAAGAAAGAAAGGCAAGUUUUAUUCCAGCACAGGCAAGCCCUUAUAGAGCAGCUUAAAAUCACAGAAGAUGCAGCUCUUGUUCUACAUCUGACGUCCGUCUUGCUGUUCCAGUUGAAUACUAAUUGCAUGCUGCAUGCACCAGGAAGAUGUGUCCCACAGAUUAUUGCAUUCCUAAACACAAAGCUCCCUGAGGAUCAGCAUAGCUUGUUGACCAACUACCAAAGCCUUGUGGUUAAACAGUUAAUAGGUCACACAAAGCCGAAGGAAGAUAAUGAUACAGACAUGACUGGAGAUCUAGCAGAUGAACCUGAGAAGUCAUCGGAUAACAUUAGAAAAGAACUUCAAGAGCUGUCCGCUACAAUCAAAAAUCUUGUUCUCCGACCCAGAAAAUCCUCUGCAACUGAAGAGUAGCCAAAUAUAUAGCUGAAACCUUGCUUUCCGCUAACACCCAUAAUCACUGAACAUAAAAUAAACUCUAAACUGGGUUUCAAAUCUAAUUUAAAAUGUGCAGCAUGUUAUUGCCAUAAUAUACCCAAUUCAGCAGGGCUUAUUUUUGCUUUACUUUUCAAUAAAUGUUCAGGGGUAUAUAUGUGCAAAGGUUAUUGUGCACAGAGAAUAUUAUUUAAUUGCUUAUUUUAUUGUACGUGGAAACUAAAGUUUUGAUCAGUCUGACAAUGUAAAAUGUCACCUGGUCCAUGAACUCAUAGUCAACAUUGCCUCUAGUGGUCACACUAUAAUCAUAAAUGGAAAAAUAUUUGCUUGAGUUUACCAAGCAUAAUUUUGUCAUCUAAGUAUCUCUAAGAGAUGUCCCCUAUGUUUACUCACAAAAGCAUUACGUAUAAUAAAAAUAUAUAUAUUUGAAAAAA